GCAUGCGCAUGAGUGGAUGUCAAACGUUAUGAUGUAAUACGCUAGAAAGUUCCCCGGAUUAUAAGUACAGUGCGAAGGUCAGUAGCGCACUGACAGUAUAGUAAUAUUAAGACAACAGAAUUUUUUGCGAGUCUCGGAUCUUUUUCUGGAAUUAGUCAUUAAUUAGCAACAUGCCAAGAGGAAGCCGAAGCAGAACUUCGAGGAUGAGUCCUCCAAGUUACUCCUCCCCAUCACCUCCACCAAUGGCUAGAGCAGCUCCUCCACGCUCAUACGCCCCAGCGCCCGCUUCUCCUCCACCAUCGGCGGUGGCGGCUCCUGCUGCUGCUCCCCGUCAGCCGGGGAUGUUCGCUCAGAUGGCGUCCACCGCGGCGGGCGUUGCGGUCGGCUCUGCUGUCGGACACACGAUAGGUCACGCCAUGACCGGCGGCUUCAGCGGAGGUGGACACUCAGAGGCUGCCAGGCCUGAUGUCACCUAUCAGGAGCCCUACCAGGCUCAGCCCAUGUACCAGCAGCAGCAGCCAUCCAUGUACCAGCAGCAGGAGCAGAGUCCCUGUGCAUAUGAGCUGAAGCAGUUCAUUGAAUGCGCUCAGACACAGAGCGACUUCAAACUCUGUGAGGGCUUCAGCGAAGUACUGAAACAAUGCAAGUUCUCCAAUGAUAUCAGCCAAAGGAAGCAUGUAAAUAGAAAAUAAGGCUGGACCCAGUAUUGAUCCUUGCGGAACACCACACUUCAUUUGAGCAGAAGAGGAUGUAAAAUUUCCUAAAUCAACAGAAAAAGUUCUUCCAGAGAGAUAUGAACUAAACCAGUUAAGAGCAAUACCUUGGAUCCCAGCCCACAGUCUUAAGCGCUCCAUCAGUAUUUCAUGUAUUAUAGUGUCAAAUCAAGUAAAACCAAAAUUGUACACUUUCCCGAAUCGACAGCCAAAAACAGAUCAUUAGACUCUUUGAGAAGGCCCGACUCUGUACUGUGCUGGGCCCUAAAUCUUGAUUGUAACUUAUCAAAAAUACCAUUUCCAUUUAAAUGAAUUGAAAGCUGUUGAAAGACAACCCUCUCUAGAAUUUUUGACUGGAAAGACAGUUUUGAAAUUGGCGGGUAGUUCUUUAAAUCAGAUGAAUCCAAAUUGGAUGCAGGAUGGCACAACACCACUCAGUAAACUGGAGUUCACAAUUGACAAAAAAUCUAGGCCAACCACGUCCAAUACCUGAAUAAGGAGACGUGGAGGAACAAUGUCCAAAGAACACUGAGUGGGCUUCAUAUGGCAGACUAAGUCCACCAAAUCAGAUAAUGAAAUCAGUUUAAACUCACUUAAAUAAUGUACUAAUGAGGGUGGGAUGAUAUAAUCAAGGAUAAAGUCUGGAGGUAGAAUACUAGCUCUAAGAAUAUCAGUUUUGUUAAUAAAAGAACUCUAAAACUUUUCACACAUUGUUUGAGUGAUAUCAAGACCAGUAGCUAUAUCAGGAUUUAAAACCGAAUCUAUUGUUUUGAAUAACGCUUUAGGAUUAUUAGGAAUCUUUCUUAUGAGAUCAGAGAAAUAUUUAAUCUUUGCAGCUUUAACUGCCUUCUGAUACUUAAUCAUAGCCUCUUUCAGUAUAUCAUAAGACACCUGCAGCUUGUCUUUCUUCCACUUCCUCUCUGCUUUCCUCAAUUUUCUUUUAUUGCUGUAAUUAAUGUAUAGCAUUAAGAAGAU